AUGGCAUCUUCUUCAACAGCGACUUCUUCAGGUAUUUUCCUUUAUUUUAUUAUGAUUUUUUUGUGUCAUUUUGAGAGUUUGGGUCGAGUCUUUGUAAAAAAACAAAAAGAUAUAUUAUUGAUUUUUCGAGGAAGAAUUUUAUUUCUUUUUUUCCGCCUGGAAGGCCUCACGUGAUGUCCAGUUUUCAAAAAAAGGAAGCGUUCCUUCGAAAAAAAAUUGAAAUAAAACAUCCAAGUUUUUUCCCAUCAAUAUUUUCUUUCCUCUCGUAAAAAACUUAGUUUUAUCGCUCCAAAAUGCUUAUAAAUAAAAGAUUGGAUCCACACGCGGCCCGAGGCGUUUGGAAGAUUACGAGCAAUAAAAGUGUCAUGAGAGCCGUGGAAAAGAGAGUUUCUCCCUGAUAAAAUGUGUUUUAUAGGUUUUUUCCUCUCUAGUAUUCCUCUUUCUGGACACCACCACAAAUGGACUCUUUUCUCUGGAAAAAGGGGGAGAAAAGCUCACUAAACACUUUUCGGCGCCCUUUGAUGUCCAAAAAUAGGAAUGACUCGGCUUUUUUCUGCCAAUGGAAGCUUUUCAUUGCAGUGAGAGUGAAACUCUAAAACUUUCUGAAUUUUUCGGAGAGAUGAUUGUCGAAAUACUUUAGAAAAACUGGCUGGAAGCUAAAUUUUGGAAAAUUUUCAAGGUAUGGUUUAUCCUGGUAGCAGAAGCUUUUCUUUGCAAUAAUGCAGGGUUUUUCAGAAUUUCCAUAAUUUUUGCUGUUGAAUGUUAGUUGGAGCUGUUUUGAAGAAAGAUCUCCAGAGUACAGAAAAAUUUUAAUUUCAUGUACGACAUUUGAAACAAUUUGAAAGUUGAUACUUCUUUAGCAAUGGUAGCUUUUCACUACAAGCCUAUCCGAGAAUAAAAGUUUUAAUUUUCGGUGAAAAAAAAAUUUUCCAGUCUUUUCAAACCAGUUUCGUUUUGGUUUGUAUAGCAUCCAACGUAAAAAAAACUUCAUAUUAGUUUCGAGGAUCUUCAAAAAUCCACUAAGCUAUUUUGAAGCUGCACUGUAGCUUUUUUUUUAACCCUUCUACAAACGUUUUGGAAAACCACUUCAAAAUGCAACUCGUCGGAAAAAAAAUGUGUAGAUGAUUCGUGGGAUCCAUCACUGGGAGCCGAAAAGUAGUGAAGAAGAUGGGAAACGCGGUCUCUGCGGAGAGCUCGAAAGGGAGGAAAGCGCCGAAGAAGGAGAAAGGGGAGAAGAAGAAGAAGUUGUCGUCGGAAUCGGUCACGAGGGAAUCAGCCGAGGCCUGGACGACGCCUACGUGGCUCGAAACAUAUAACGAUUCGAAUUUGAGCUUUUAAGAGGUUUUUGGUUGGAAGGGAUUAGGUGGACGUUUUUGGUUUAUCAUGCUAUGAGAAAAAAUAGGAGAGAAAUAAAAUACAUUAAGAACAAAAGUAGGAAGGACUAUUUAGAAAAAAAGAACUUCUGAAAAACUUCAAAAGUUUUCAAGGACUGCUAAGGUACAAUAAGAACCUCUUUAGAUUAGAUUUGAGCAUUUUUUUAAAUAAAAUUCGGAAGAAAAAAAUGGUUUUCACUAUUGGACAGAUUCAUUCGCAUCACUUUGAUGAAAACUAUUUUUGAAAAGUUCGAAGAAAUUUCAACUUGAUUAAAAUCUAAGUCUGGUUAAUCUUGGUCAUUAGGUUUUCGUUUUGGCCGGUAUUUUCGGACACUAAAACUAGAGAGGUUUUUGCUUUACUAGUACUUCUAGGACCAAAAAUAACAGGACACAAGUCAGGACAGGAAACAGGACAUAAGGCUCGGCUUGGGAGAUAUUAAAUUUAAAGAAGGUUGCUUUCUCGCAGCGCGGUCGAUGGUAGCGUUGGUCAACAGCAGAUGUAGUUUUGGAUCUGAAAAUAUCCUAAUAGAAUUGUUGAUGAUAAUUAUGUUUCAUUGCAUCUUCGUUGGUACAAGUUUUGGUUUUUUGAAAUGUAAAAGUGUUUUGAGGUCGAAGCUGUUCAAAACGACAUUUGGAUCAAAUUCAGUUAGCCUAGUUGGAAACAUGAAUUCAAUGAGUUAGGCCCUGAAAAUCCCAUAUGGAACAAAAAGUUGUAUGGAACCUUUUGACUCUGUAGUCUCUUUUUUUUGGCUCCAUUGACUUUUUUCGAACGAAAGUCUAUCCUGUGUGAGAAAGAUCAACUCGCAGCACACAUCAGAAUCCGAUUCUUUGCGAAUCUUUGAGUUUUUUUAUUUCUGGCUGUUCAAGAGAAAGUUGUCAUGCCUCCAGGAAGGGCGACUUGUCCAAAUUUGGUAAUCGGAGCUCUUUUUUGAAGAAUUCCCGACGUUUUAAGCUUUUGAUGUUGGCGCCAUGAGAAAAGAUGAAUGGUCGCCGGCGGAAAAAGGGCGAAUUCUUCCGGAAAAAAGUUUGAAGCAGCCGAGAAAAAUGUGUUUUUCUGAUCUUUUGAGUUAGCUAAAGGGCCUUGAAGAUUUAUUUUUUAAUAAAAAAUUUCAGAAAUUGAGGCCCCGUAGAAAAGUCUCUUUUCUGUGCAGAAAACGGAAAUUUUAUAACUUAAGACUUAGAUUUUUAGGCCGUGGUCUUUUUUAAGUCAUUGCGUUUCUGGAAGUUUUGAUAAAGAUAAGCCGGAUUGUUAAAUUAGGCCGUGAAGAAAACGUUCAGGUUUUUAGACUAGACAUUCAUGAAACCCUGAUUUGUGAGAAUGCAGACUGUUUUCGACUUUUUAAGAAAUAAAUAAAUAUAACUACUGGAAUCUCAUUUCAUCAUCUUCUCUUCUUGUUUUUUUUUUCGUUCUUCUACAUUCUGCUCUCUCUUUCUUCUGUGAUUCGUUUACACUGAUUGCGUUUUGCUCGGGCAAGUCGGAUUGAAGAUGACACGGCGGAGGGCUAUUUGAGACGCAGAUUUUUGAUGCGACGAGGACAAAAAGGGGGGUCGAAAUCAAAUAAGUCGUGUGCGACAUGAAUGAGGUGAACGGCACAGGGUGUGAUUGGAUUUUUGGGUGAAAGGACCUCCGCACGAAGAUAUGUUCGAGAACAAGUCAGGAGGACGAGGUAAAUUUCUGGUCAAGAUAAAGUUCGAGUCGGGGAACUUCCAGAAAAAAAAUUAAAUGAUAAUUAACAGCAGCAUGACUUCAAGCGUAACCUGUUUCAUUAUGCGACCGACUCUAAACGGCUUGAGCGUAUAUACAUCUGAAAGAAUUAGAAAAGAUUGCCACUUUCUGAAAGAAACGCUUUUAGCCGUUUUUAAAAGAGAAAACAACUUAGGAAGUUUUUGUUUUUUCUGUGUUAGGAGCUCCUGGUUAGAUGUGUAAUCUUCAAACAAUUUUAGAAUCCUAUUCAAGACUUUUUCAGCUCCUGGCGGUGGUUCUGGGUUGGUAGUGAACCGACGUCGUCAAGACGGAAACCCAGUUCUGAAAUACGUCCGAAAUGUUCGGUACGAGUGGGGCGAAAUCGGGCCGGAUUUUGAGUGCGGGCCAACCUGCGCCGUCGUUUACUUGAGUUUCAAGGUUCAUAUUAGUUCAUUGGUUAAGAAUUUCUUCAUUAAUCUGAUAGAAGUCAUCAUUAGUUUCGAAUAAACUUUUUUCGAAAAUUUUGAACCAAAUCUGUUGUUUUCAGUACCACAAAACGCACCCGGACUAUAUUUAUACGCGUCUGACGGCGAGGGCCGAGAAUAACUAUCGAAUUAAGGUGAGUUUUAUGCAGGAAUUGGCUUUUAUGGAGGAAUUGAAAAAAGGCUUUUUUUCCUCCGAGGAAAGUAUGACGAAAAAUAGCCAUGACUUUUUCCAACUUGCAAAUUCGAAUUUUUUGAAUCCAAAUCGAACACUUACAAAUAAGAUUUUUUGAACUUGUGAUUGAGCUUAAGAGUUCAAAAUUUGGAAACGGACUGCACUGAUAGUUGAUGGAAAGGGUGGGGAACGAGCUUUAAAUUUUUAGCAUCUUUUGAAUGAAGUAUGUAGACAAGAUGAAACAAUUAGAAAAAAAAGAUACGUUGGAACUAAUAGGAGAUCCUUUUUUGAAAAAAUUUCUGAAAUACCUCAUUGAAAUUUUUUCGAAUCAAUAGGUUGAAAAUAAUCUGAAAAGUCUGAAUUGGAGGUCCUAUUGGCAUUUUGCAACGUCGAAGAGCCGCGGCACGUGCUUCGCGAGCUCAACAUGAUCUGUUAUCGGCAGGAUUGGACUUUGGUCGUUUGUUAUUCGGUUUGGAGAUCAAAUCAUCCGUUUUGAUCGAAUAAUCGAUAUUUAGGUCGAGGAAGCCGCAGAAUACCUGGAAAACUUUAAGUUCAGCGAAAAUAAAGACUUCGUUUUCAAGUGAGUCGAAAUGAAACAAGUUUCAUUCAACUCUUUAGAAACUUUAUAGAAACAGUAUUUUCUUUCAAAAACAAAAUUUUGUGUGUUUCAAAAAGAGUUAAUCUUCAAAGGAUCGGUACUGAUUGGUAUUAAAUUUCAAGUGGGAAGUUUCUGACCAAUUUCUCGAAUUUCAGAUCAGUAUUUACAAAACUUUUAAAUUAGUCUAGUUAUUACUGAAAUUUCAAGGCAAAUCACAAGAUUCAAACCUCAUUCUGACAUUGAUUGGAAUCAAAAUUGAUUUGAACGUUUUCAAACUUCCUUUAUAGUUUCUUUCCAAUCAGACACUGAAUUAAAUGGGAAAAAUGAGAAAAAAACCGCCAGUUUUCGGAAGUAUCUGAUUAUAUGAUAAAAUUGAAGGUAAAUAGCAGAAGAUCCAGAAAACAUAACUGAAAGUUGACUUCAAGACAGUUUUUCUCAGGAAACCUGGAGAAGACACCGGCGAUGAGAGAAAUAAGCUCCAGGAAGCGGCUGUGGGGAUUCUCACUGCGGCCAGAGGCGUCAAUAAAACCGAUGCUCAAAAGUUGGUCUUGGUUGGGAUUUCGUACCGAACUUAUUUCCUUGUUAGGAAAGGAGUCAGUAUACAAACAAAGAUUCGGAAAAAACUGAAACAAGAUUAUAUUCUGACUUAUUUCAUUAGGUUGAUUCAUUCAUUCAUUAAGUUGUCUCAUAAGAAACGCGCUUUUCAUUUGUUCAUAGAAACUCGGACAAUGGCAACGCAAAACGGACGCAAAUCGGAAUUUUCGAAGCAUUUUUAGUGACCUCAUUAGUAGAGUUAUUAGUAUAGAAUGCCCCAAAAAACUUACCGCAUCGAGAUGGAGAUAGAAAAAAUGCGACUGCUGUUCCAGACUCUUGUUCAACUUCAAAACGAUGGCCAACAUUUGCAAGGCGACCGAAGAACAACUGGCUCUGAGCCCAGGUCUCGGACCCAUCAAGGCCAAAAAUCUGUACACUUUUCUAAGGACCCCGUUUGCAACUUGA